GAGAAGAACACAAGAAUGCCACGGUGUGAUCAUGUCAAAAGAACAGGACUUCCAAUGCGUGGAACCAGGAGUUGGGGUAUAUUCUCUGAGUAUCAAAGCAUUUGGGCCUUACAAAACCCCUAUCGGUUCAACCAUGGCCAUCUCUUCAAGCAUGGCGACGAGCUUCUUGGGCAACAAGCUUGGAGCCCAUUCGUUUCCAGGAGUUUUGGAGAGGAAGCUCCAUUCUCGUGGUACCAUUGUGGCCAUGGCAAAGGGUGGGAAGUCCAAGACUGGCCGCGUGCUAAUUCGCCUCAUCUCCACUGCUGACACUGGUUUCUUCUUCGUCUCGACAAAGAAUCCUCGCAAUUCGCCACAGAAGCUCGAGCUCGUCAAGUUUGAUCCUCGAGCCGGCAAACGUGUUCCAUUCCGCGAGGCUACUAUCAACAAACCAAAGUCGAACAAGAAAUAAGAACUUCAAUUUAUCACAAACUUGCUGAAUUUCUUUCCCUUUCUUUCAGUCAAGAUUCAUCGCUAUGAAACACAUUGUCCAAAUCGUCUUUGUCCUCAGGCUCAUCGUCUUCUCCUAGACGAGACUCUGUACUCUCGUCCUCAGCCUCAUUCAUCCCCUGUGAUGUUUCAAAGCAAAACAAAAAGAGUUAGAAUUUUGAGAAGA